GUGAAGAAAUGGAACCAGCAAAUUACACCAGCGUGUCAGAAUUUGUUCUCACUGGCCUAUCCCCGACUCAGGAGGUGCAACUGGUCCUGUUUGUUAUAUUUCUGUCCUUCUAUUUGUUCAUCCUUCCAGGAAAUAUUCUUAUUAUUUGCACCAUCAGGCUUGACCCCCAUCUGACCUCACCCAUGUAUUUCCUGUUGGCUAAUCUGGCCUUCCUUGACAUUUGGUACUCCUCCAUCACAGCCCCUAAAAUGCUCGUAGACUUCUUUGUGGAAAGGAAGAUCAUUUCCUUUGGGGGGUGCAUUGCUCAGCUCUUCUUCCUGCAUUUUGUUGGGGCCUCAGAGAUGUUUCUGCUCACAGUGAUGGCCUUUGAUCGCUAUGCUGCUAUCUGCUGCCCCCUCCACUAUGCUACCAUCAUGAACCAACAUCUCUGCUGUAUUCUGGUGGCUUUCUCCUGGAUGGGGGGCUUCAUUCACUCUAUAAUCCAGGUGGCUCUCAUUGUUCGACUUCCCUUCUUUGGGGCCAAUGAGUUAGAUAGUUACUUAAGGCAGGUUGUCCAGAUUGCCUGUGUCAACACCCUCCUGGAGGAGUUAGUGAUGAUCUUUAGCAGUGGCUUGAUCUCUGUGGUGUGUUUCAUUGCUCUCCUCAUGUCCUCUGCCUUCCUCCUGGCCAUGCUCAAGAAACACUCAGGCUCAGGUGAGAGUACGAGCCGGGCCACAUCCACCUGCUACUCCCACAUAACCAUUGUGGUGCUAAUGUUUGGGCCAUCCAUUUACAUUUAUGCUCACCCCUUUGACUCAUUUUCCCUAGACAAAGUGGUGUCUGUGUUCCAUACUGUGAUAUUCCCUUUACUUAAUCCUAUCAUCUACACAUUGCGAAACAAGGAAGUCAAGACAGCCAUGAGGAAGCUGAUCAACAGAUACAUUUUAUGUAAAGAGAAGUAAAAGAUAAACCUAAAGUAGGAAGCAUUUGCAGUAAUAUUGCUGCUUUCACUACCUCCUUUUGUUUGAGUUCUUAAAAUCCACUAGAUUUUUCAUCUAUGUGGUGAAAAAACAAAGAAGUUAAGAUGUAAGUAAAUUUAUUUACACCCUCCCUGAAAUUUCUGGCAGAUUACUAUUAGAAUUUAAAAUAUAAUAAUGGUCUGCUAAAACACACAUUUUCACUAAUUGUUUAUUGAGUGACUAAUUGGAAAGGCUUUGGCUCUGAGGAGAAUGUGAUGUGUGUUAAGAAAUAACAAAAUAAGUAAGGCCUGGGAGACAUAUCCAUUAUGAAUGUAUGGAAGUAAGUGGCUAGCAUAUGAAUAUGAGUAGUUUCAAGUGACCAAAUUAAAAAUAGAUGUGUUUCAAUCUCAGCCUAGUGGGAUAGUGUUUGGCAAACCAUCUUUUUGGGACUGGAAAAAUAGAUUUUUUGUCUUUUAUCUCUUCCUCUUUCCAGAAUAAAUAAUAGAAAGUGAGAAUUCAUUGAUAGAAGCCAUUUCAGCUCAUUCCAGGAGGUAGACAUUCAACAGUAUUGGUGACAGGACCCGAGAUUUUGUCACAUCUUGGAAACACUUUUUAUGAAUUCAUGGCUGAGUGUAGUUUGGUUACUAUGUGAGGACUCCUGUCUUUCAGAGGAAGUCUCCAGUCAACUAAUGAUUUUUAAAGGCAGUGUCUCUUUACAGCCUCUGGUGUGAAUACAGACUUGGAGGAAAGGGAUUCUAGAUUGAUUGGAAUUGAUAGGCAUCUGGCUGUGUGAUUUUAAGAUUGCCUCCUUUGCCAUUUUUGUGAUUUCUGAAUUUGCUAAUUCUGCCUUUCACAUUAAAGUUAAAUUAGUAGUGUGCUGCUUUUAUUAGCACUAUAAUUAAGAGCUCUUUCCUACUAAACCAUUUCUUAGUACAUAUGGAAGAGAUCUAGAUGUACUGGUUUCUAUAAUUCUCUAGUUAUUUUUUAAAAUUGUUAUUACUUUUUCUUUUUAAGAC